AUGGGCGUUGGGAUUGAUUCUCUGGAUAACAACGGAACCUUAGUUGGUCAAGGUGAUCGAAGCCAACUGCUCGUUUCUCAUAAGAAAACUGUAAAUGCAUCUCCUUCGAAACACAUCUUUCUUGAUCCAAGAUCUGAGAUCUUCAACAAGAUUUCGUUCAAUUUCGCAGGUGAAGUUUGCAGGAAAUAUAUCAAGAAGUUCCUCCAAUGGAUGUUCAAUGGUGAAAAUCUACUAAAAAACUUUAGAGGCAAAAAUUUCAUGUUUGUGGGAGAUUCUUUGAGCAGUAAUCAGUGGCAAUCACUAGCAUGUAUGCUUCAUGCUGCAGUUCCAAAUUCUAAUUACACAUUUGACAGUACAAAGGAUCGUUCCGUCCUCUCGUUCCCGGAGUUUAACUUCACUGUCACAUUCUUGAAAGACGGAUUUCUCGUUGACUUAGUGGUCGAGAAAGUAGGACGAGUUCUCAAGCUCGACACUCUCAGCCAGACUGAGCAGUGGAAAGGAGUUGAUGUCUUGAUCUUCAACAGCUACCAUUGGUGGAUACAUACUGGACGCCAACAAACAUGGGACUAUUUUCAAGUUGGUGACAAACUCUACAAGGAGAUGGACCAUAUGGCAGCAUACAAGAUUGCUUUAACCACUUGGGCUAAAUGGAUCGAUUCCAACGUUGAUCCUGCUGUGACUGAAGUGUUCUUCCAAGGAAUUUCUGCUGUUCAUGCUCGUGGCAAGGAUUGGGAUGAACCACAGGUGAAGGACUGCAGCGGACAAACGAAGCCAAUAGAGGGAUCAAGUUAUCCAGGUGAAAGAUAUCCAGGAGAGGCAGUGGUGAAAAGUGUCCUAAGUAACAUGACAAUGCCUGUCAAUUUACUUGAUAUUACUCUGCUAACACAGCUACGAAAAGACGGACACCCCUCGAGAGUUGCUAGUGGCGCGUUGAACGACUGCAGCCACUGGUGUGUAGCUGGUGUUCCAGAUACUUGGAAUGAACUAUUGUACACAAUGUUGCUGCAGAAAUGAUUUUUGAAGCUAGUGUGUAUUGAAUCUUGAUCUAUAAUUUUCAUAUAUAAAUGAAAGUUGAUGGCUAGGUGGCUUUUAUCUUUGCUAUUGUUAUUGCUUUUUGUUUCUUUUGUUCUCGAGCGAGGAUUUAUCGGAAAUGGCCUCCCUAACCUCACAUGACAGGACUAAGGUUUGCCUACAUUCUACUUUCUCCGAACCCCAGCUUGUGAGAUUAUACUGAUUAUGUU